GGGUACGCCGAGCUUUGCUUUCGUGAAAUACUAUGACGGUGCCAAGGCAAUAGUGCAUACUUCACUGAUAAAGAAGUAUGCCCCUACGUCGGUGAACGAACUGUGCAAGAAAAAAUUGGUGUAUUGGUGAGACACUGGACUGCUGUCGGACCACAGCGAUGAGGACUAUUACCUCGCGGACAUUGUGGAGCUUGGUGUAACAAAGGCAGACCUCAUACAACGGUUGACAAAGCGGAAGAUAUCCGUGCCAGAAUUUAUUUUUGAUGGAGACUCAUCUGCAACAAGUGGUUUGGCGACGAACUCGCAGGUUCCUUCAGCGAAAAAGGCCGCCCGCAAUGUGCAAGCCGCAAAACGCCGCAAACUGGCGAGGUUAAUGUCCGAUGAUCAGGGCACGAGUUCUGAUGAUGGUGAAGAUGAUGUUCCAAAAAAAUUGCUCUUGGCAGAGCAGCAAAAAAAUGCAGCCCUGUGUCGGAAGCUGGCAGCACUCCGAAAAGAAAAAGAUGAGCUGCAAGCACGUCACGACCGCCUGGAGGACCACCUUCUCAACAAACUGGAUUCCUGGUUCACAGCAACUUGCCAACGUUGUUGCAAGGAAAACAGUGUGCCUUGCCCGAAUGCCACACCUCCAAAUAUUGGUGCAGAUGACAGUGGAGCAUCAGUACUUGCUUCCCAAAGCUCAGAGGAGUCUGACGUUGCAGUGCCAGGGGCCUCUAUUAUGCUGCAACCUGCAAAUCCACCAUCGCAGGCCGUGCGCAAUCAAGAGUCCGACAUUGCACUGCCGGCAGUUUUUGCUGAGGUUAAUGGCAAGGAUGGAUAG